AAAGGACUAACCGGAACGAAAUCUGACACUAAACUACGAACACCAGCUCGUGUUUGACCGUCGGUGCUUUUUUUUUGUAAUAAUGUAGCAUUACACGAGAAUCGAUGGCUUUCUCCAACGUAAUAAUUUUCCCACAUUGCGAUUCUUUGAAACCACUGGUCUGUCCGUUUCUUUUUAUAGCCCUUGGUUACAACCGCUAGCCAGCCAGUCGCAGCGCCCGUGGAGGCGGCGCCAGCCCGGGCUCUGACAGCACACGUCGAGCGCGUGCCGUCCCCUCCUCUCCUCCGCGCCGACAGUCGUCAGUGUCGCAACGCAUCACAACGCAGCGCCUCUUGGAGCGACCCUCCCCGCCCUUCGGUCUCCGCUAGAGAGUAGCCGGCGCGAGAGGGGUUCACGACGCAGACGAGGAUGUCCAAUGCACAAACUGACAGUCUCUGCCGACAUGCAGUGAGGGGUGUCGUAGGUGCACAAGCAGCAUGACGGAAGAGAAAUGCCCUCAGCUGGUUGACUACUUUGUGGUGGCAGGCUUAACAGCAGGUUCCAAGCCACUAGAUGAAGAUGGCCAGCAGAGAGGUGCCCGUCCUGUGGAGCCUAUCACAGAAGUGGUGGUCAUCAUCCGGUCACUUGGAGAAGAUGUGCCUGAGGGCUUUACAUGCAUUGAAAAAUCUCAGUCUGGACACUCUGCAGACCUCAGUGCUGGCUUGCUCAACAAUCCCCAUAUGUUUCUAUGCUACAAACGAGGACGAGAAAAGCCUCCCAUCCUUGACCUUGGGGUUCUGUGUGAAGGAAAGGAACAAGUAAAAGCUGGAUGGAAUGUUAUUGAGACCACUCCUUAUAGCCAUUCAGCCAACCUGGGCUCCGGAGGACCAGGAAUCCACCGCACAUUCAUCAUGUACCGUAGAGCUCCUGACUCUCAGGCGCUUAACACAUUAGGGGUCACUGAUAUCUCAGUAAUCUUGCCAAGUAAAGGAGAGAGUGUUCCACACACCUUCUGCAAAGUGGACAAGAAUCUCAACAAUGGAAUGUGGGGACCUGACCUUUAUCUUUGUUAUAAGAGAGCAGUUGCCAAGGCCAAUGCAGUUGUCUAUGAAGCUGGAUUAAUCAGCCGCUACCCAGAAACAGACAUAGAAUUAUUCCAGCUGCCGAAAUCCGUGCCAGUGUUUUGUUUACCAAUGGGGGUCACAAUUGAAAGCUGGCCUCUAAACACCAAAUACCAGCUUCCUGUUUUCUCAACUUUUGUCUUGACUAGUGCUUCUGGGGACAAGGUUUAUGGUGCUGCUAUUCAGUUCUAUGAACCAUACCCUCGAGAGAGGCUUAAGGACAAACAAAAGCAGCGUCUUGGCCUAGUUAGCAUUGUGGACCGGCGGCCAAUCACUAAUCGGAUGGUGCAGGUGAAAAAGAGCAUCUGCGUACUGUCUCACUGGCCUUUUUUUGACGUCUUCCAGAAGUUUCUGACUUUCAUCUAUCGUUACUCCAUUUCAGGGCCGCAUGUCCUUCCCAUUGAGAAGCACAUCUCUAGCUUUAUGCACAAUGUCCCUUUUCCCUCACCACAAAGACCUCGAAUCCUAGUACAGCUGUCUCCAUAUGAUAACCUAUUGCUGUGCCAACCAGUGUCGUCACCUUUGCCUCUCAGUGGAGCAAGUUUUUUGAAACUCAUACAGAACCUGGGCCCAGAGAAUGCUGCUACCCUCCUUAUGGCAGUUCUAAUUGAGCAUAAGCUGUUGAUCCAUUCACUGCGUCCAGAUGUCUUAACCAGUGUGAGCGAAGCCCUUGUAUCUAUGACGUUCCCACUCCGCUGGCAAUGCCCCUAUAUCCCCCUCUGUCCACUGAAUUUGGUUGAUGUACUGUGUGCACCAAUGCCUUUCAUUGUUGGUGUCCACUCUAGCUAUUUUGAUCUCUAUGACCCUCCUCAUGAUGUCAUCUGCAUUGAUCUGGACACCAAUACUAUCUUCUAUGAAGAAAAGAAGAUAUUAUCUUGGCGACUGUUGCCACGUAAACCUUGCAAAGCUCUCAUCCAGACACUAAGUAAUCUCCAUCAACAGCUGGAGAAAAUGCUAGCCCCUGCUUUGGAAGAGGCGACAUUGGAGUUUCUUCUUACUGAUUAUGACCUCAUCUAUGGACGACGUAAGCAAUUAGAACUUGAGAUCCAAGAGGCUUUUUUGAGGUUCAUGAGCAGCCUUCUCAAGGGAUAUCGGUCGUAUUUGCUGCCAAUCACACAGGCCCCUUCUGAAAAGACAACAGACUCCAGUUCACUCUUCAACUUGCAGGGCUUUCUGAAAUCCAGAGAAAGAACAUACCAGAAGUUUUAUUCUCAACUGACCCGCACACAAAUGUUUACUCAGUUCAUUGAAGAGUGCUCUUUUGUCAGUGACCGCCAUGCCUCUUUAGAGUUCUUUGAUGAAUGUGUUGAAAAGGUAGAUGUGGAAAAGCCUGAUGAAGUACGUCUCAUUGAUUUGGAUGAAACUCACAGUGGAGAGCACACUGUCUUCAUAAUGCCACCAGAAGUGCCACAAGGACCUGAUGGCAAUGAGUGUCCGGCAUUGUACAGAUAUGAUGUGUUUCCACUCUUAAAGUCAGAGCUCUUUGAUAGACCACAAGAUUUGCUGAAACUGCAAGCUAAAGGGAGUGCACCCAGCAGUCCAGCCCCUCGCAGGACAAAACAGGAAAUCAAGCUAGCCCAGAAACGAGCCCAAAAAUAUUCUUCAGUGCCAGAAAUGUGGUCAAAAUGUUUGCUUGGUCAUUGCUAUGGUCUGUGGUUCAUCUACCUUCCUACAUAUGUGCGAGCUGAGAGUUCCAAGGUGCGAGCCUUACACACUGCUUAUGAGGUACUAAAGCAUAUGGAGACUAGGAAGGUUGUACUACCUGAUGAGGUAUGCUACCGUAUACUGAUGCAACUCUGUGGUCAGUAUGGACAGCCAGUGUUAGCUGUCAGAGUGCUUCUAGAGAUGAAGAAGGCAGGCAUUACACCUAACACCAUCACCUAUGGCUACUACAAUAAGGCGGUGUUAGAGUGCAAGUGGCCAUCUACCAAUCAAGGUGGGAGGCUGCGAUGGACUAAGCUGCGCAAUGUUAUCCUUGGUGUGGCCCAGUUCAGGCAGCCAAUCAAGCGACGGCAGCUUGAGCAGGGAUCUGUCACUAACACGUCAGAUGUCCUGGUGGAGCAGCCGCCAGUACCCCGCCACCAGUCCAAUCUGAUUCGCCAAGCGAGCUGGAGUGGACUAAGUGGUGGUUCCAGUAAUGAAUCCUUGAGCAAGCCACUGGUGAAGAGUAACAGUUUAAGCAGCAUGCUGGGCUCAGCAGAGAAAACCAAGUGUAGACGAACAGCGGCAAAGAGUUAUGAUGGUAGUUUGGCUGCUCGUAAACCACCGACCAGUGGGCAACAGCUUAAAGAAUGGCCUAUGUCCCCUACCCUUGGAGAAAAGGUGCAACGGAGAGAGAUUUGCCUGUCCACAUUCUACAAGGAUUUUGCAGAACUUCAGACUGAGAAUAAAGAGGAUGCAGAAGAGCAAAGAUGUGGUUGUGAUCCUGAAGAGGUUGAUGACAGUGUCAAGAGGACCAGUCAGUGGGAAAGUAGGAGGGGAGCUAAAAAGAAUGUGGAUGAGAACUGCAAUAAUGUAGCCUCACCAAGCCGUACCUUGGCCGGAAAAAUCCAGCAGCUUCUGACUCCCACCAAGAAUAGGGUGAGACGCACAGCUAGCGUAGAUGAACGAUACCAAACAGGUGUACUUGCCUCUAUUAAGAAAGUCUCUGACCACCGUCAAUCACGCAGGAAUGACAGUGUACUGAAAGCAAAGGAUAGUCUACAUUCUGCAGCUUCAGAGAGUUCUCUUUCAGUGGGCAGUGAACUGGACAUAUCAGAUUCAUAUACAUGGACAUAUAAUAUAAGAAAGUCAUCUGAUUCAAGUCAAGAGGUGCCAGCAGUUGAGGCCCUAAUGUCAAGCUGCUCCCUGUGCCGGAAUUGUAACUGCUUGGUGUAUGAUGAGGAGAUAAUGGCUGGCUGGACCUCUGAUGACUCCAACUUAAACUCCAACUGCCCCUUUUGCUCAGGUUCUUUUGUUCCACUGCUCAAUAUAGAGCUCAGUGACCAGCAGCUACAACAGCAAAGUAAUACUGUGUCUACAGAUGAGAUACACAUCAUUGAAGACAUAGAUAAAGAAGGUUUGAUAUCAUCCACUUCUGUUCAAAGGUCAAAUGAGCAUACAAUGUACAAUGGCAUCAAUGAGGAAGAUUCUGUUUCAGAGAGCAGCAGCAGCCAACAGUCUGAUAAAACCUCCGUGAUAUUAGUGCCCUUGAAUGCAGAUAAAAGUUCACCAAAGGCCACUGUGGCUUAUGUGAGCCCACUUGUUUUACGCAAGGAACUUGAGAGUCUCCUAGAAAACGAGGGUGAUGGUGUCCUCUCAGACCCACAGUUGGUGGAUAACCAUGCAAUUAUCUUUUGGAACCUGGUAUGGUACUUUCAGCGUUUGGCACUGCCUAAUAAUCUGCUGGGCCUCAUCAUGGCUUCUCAACUAGCCUCUCAGCUGACUCAGACAUACUCUGACGAGACUAUCGUACGUGUCCGUCUAAUGUGGGACACAUUGAGCCCUGACACUGACCAGUGGCCUCCCCUCUACAUCCUUUGGCGAAUACAUAGUGGAGUACCAACCCGAACCUACAGCUGGCGUCGGCACAAUCACCCAUUUACACUAACUUUCCUGGAGGAAGUAUUGCGUUGUGUAGGCAUGAAUGAAGUCCACAAAGCAAUCGUGCUGUUUUUGGAGACCGUCAUCCAGCAGCCUAGUCCUCCUCGCAUACAGAGGAGUCUGUAUCGAGAGUUCCUUUUUCUGACACUGGCAGCAAUGGGCAAGGAUAAUGUUGCUGCUUUUGAUAAAAAGUACAAAACUGCUUAUAGUCGCCUUACCAGCUCACUUGGCAAGGAGGAACUUCGAAAGCAUAGAGCUCAGCCUCCCAGUACUAAAGCCAUUGACUGUCGAAAAUCUUUUCUGGUACAUUUGGACUGCUGAUAUUCUACCAGAUUCAGAGAUGAAGUUGUCAAAAGACUGGAAAAAGAAGGAAGCUUUCACUCUGAAGUCUCAUCCCCAUCCUUCCUAACUGACUAAUGAGUAUCCCAUCCCUUUGGCUCCCAGUGUUCCUUCCAUGUUUGGAACAAAGAGCAAAAACUAAUAGGAACCUUUUAUUUUUGUAACAUUUUUUUAUUUUGUAAGAAUAGCUAAAAAGAAAGAACUUAGCUGUAUAUAGCUUAUAAUUUAAUUCAAACUAAAGGUGUGUGCAAGGAGCCUCAAACGUAAGUGCACAAAUGGCAUUAAGACACCAUCUAGUACAGUUUGCUAAAUAUUCUGUCUCUCAUCUUCCCAUUUAACUGACUUAUAUGACCUGGCACAGGACUUGUUUUUGCUUUCUUUCAUACAGUAUGUUAACAAAAGUUCAUAUUUAUCUUAACAUUAUGUUGUUGUCUGUAAUUGUCCUUGUCACACGACACAGUUGCUACCUCCAAAUCUUGUUUUAAGAAAUACUUACGCUAUUUAAAAAGUACUUUUAGACUCCACUGUAGGUAUAGUCUUUUGUAAUAAGUGCUGUGAAUUCUUAUCUGGUUCUACUAUAUUUGAAUUUUGAAUAAGACUACAACUGCCUAACUAUACUUACCUUGUGCUUGGUUACAGUAAUAGGUAUGUGUUCUUAGGUGGAAUGAAAAGUUAACAGCCAGACAGUUUUGUAGCUUAAAUAUAUUUAACUAUUGAUUUAAAAAAAACAUUGCAGAAGACGUACUCCAUUUGUUACCAAAGUCAUAAUGUCCUCAAAUGGACCACCAUCUACUGUGUAAUACAUAUAUCUUCACUUUCAGAGGUUACUGUCUAAUUUCUAACACCAUUAUUUAUCCAAGGUUUGUUUAGUGGUCUGAUUUGUAUCUCUUCUCUCUUGUACCAUUAUGUCAACUAACAUUUCUGAGCCCUGGAGGCCCUUGUCUGUGAAGGCUAGUCUUGUGCCAGAUGGGAUCUCAUAAAUCAUUUUGUUUUCAUGACUAACCUUAAUAUGGAGUGCUGGCAGAUGUUUUCAGGAAUGCACCUAUAUUCAGUAGCCAUUUACAAAGGAGUUGCAAAAAAGGUCCACAUUUUUCAAUUAUAUGAAUUGUUUUUACGAAACAACACUGUCUUUCAGACCCCGAUUUUAAAUUAUUGAGCUUUCAGUUAUAAUAAGAAACUGUUUGACAUAGGUUAAAAAUAAUCCAUAUAGUUUGGGUCCAAUCAUCAGAAUUUUAAAGUUUUAAGUGUAUGGCAUUGCAUCAAUAAUUGUUUACAUUUUUAAACUUUUUCUUUUUUGGUGGAUCUUGAUUUCAGUUAGAAUGUUCAAGAUCAUCUGCCUAACCAGGUAUGUUUUUAAUUAGGAAAAAACUAAAGUCUGAAAAAUGCAUAUAUAUUGUAAUAUAGUGUCAAAAUUACUGCCCUCUCCAUAUAGAGGAAAUUUUCUUAAAUCGCAUUCUAACACACAGUUUUGACUCGGUUAGUGGCCAUGUCAUACGAGGUGAGACACAAAACUAACCAGACCGGGCUUGGGGCUUUCCUGGAAAACCGUCCGGAGGUCAGCCGAACGUGAAUCAUAGAACUAUAUUCCCUCCUACACGCCCUCACAAACCACCAACUGGCUAAGUAUAUCCUGUGAAUAGCCCAGUCCGUAUUUGCACAACAAUUGCUACACAAGUUGCCGUAGAAAAAAAUCAUACGCGAAUCAACAUCAAAUUUCUCGCGAAUUUUCUCGUUUUCCGUAAAGCAGUUUUUGACUGACAAAAACAUUCCUGUCCUCGAUCAUUGUUAUUAUUUGCCUGAUUUAGCUCCCUGUGAUUUUAACUUGUUCACGAAACUCAAACGUGACCUGAAGGGAACACAUUUUUCUUUAAUGGAUGAAGUGAAGACAAAAAUGGCAAGCCUGUUGAAGAGCCUCAAGCAAGAAGACUUCCAGCACUGUUUCAAUCAAUGGAAGAUGCGUAUGGAGCAAUGUAGAGACUGGAAGGUGGAGUAUAUAGAAGGUGACAAUGUUUAGAAUGCUGUAAUUCAUCAAUAAAUUUUUUUUUUUUUUUUUACCAAUCCAGUUACUUUUGUGUCUCACCUCAUAUAUUGACUGUCUAGAUAAUAAUUUUACUUGAGCUUUGAAAACAAAAAUGUCAUCUUGUGGUAUAUCUCUGUGGCACUAUGAGGAGAUAGGAAGCCUUGUUUGUACCUCUAGGUCCCAAUUUGAUACCAGCACUGAGUUGACUAAUAGGGAGAAGAUUUGAGUUCAGUCUGUCGUCAAAUCUCAAAUUCAAUCAUGUUUGCACCUUCAUAGCCUCACCAUGAUCCUAGCCAUAAUUCAAAAGCAAACCUGAAGAAAAACCACUUUGUCCUAAACUGUGCAUACACGGAGUAGAUUCACCAAGGUGUAAGUGAGGUCUGAACGAAUGAAAGCGAUAAAACUUCCGGCAGUUCACAUAUGGCAUAUCUAACAAAUGGUAACUGGCUGUGAAGUUCCAAGUGGAGGUUGCUUUUACCACUCUAAAGUGAGGUUUGUGUCGAUUCACCAUAGAGACUGCCUUAAACACUAAGGUUGGCAACCUCAAAAGUAUAAAACUGUCUUUGUCAAGUCCCACCUAUUAAAAAUUUUAUUUUCACUUUCAUGUCAAGCUCCCCAGUGCUGUCCUGAAACCUGUCAACAUAUGUUCACCUCAGAGACCAAUCCCACCCCCUCCUCCCAAAAAAAGCAAAUUUUCAAAAAAAACUGAAUACUGAACAGUGGCCCUAUGUAGAUAUUCAACUACUUUACAGUAUGCUUGUCUAUUUUUGUAAUAAAAUGUUAAUUUUGCUGAAAUGAUUGUUUUAUGUUGUUAUAAUGUUAAACAGUAUUGAAAAAUGUGAACAAUGCUUAUUCACUGAACUUAGAAAAAGAAGCAAAUGUAAGACAGUUUUAUUUUUUUAACUAUUUAUUUGAGCUUUAUUUUGUAAUUCUGUUUGUGCUUUGUUACUGUAAUGUAUAUGCUAGCGACUCGAGAUGUUAAUUCCAUUAAUGUACAGUCACUGACCGCUCCUGUUCUGGAUACCAAACAGAACUUGUUGUCAAAGAUGUUAAUUGCUCAAAGCACAGUGGACAUAACAAUUUAACGCCCCCUUCUUCCUCCGAUGUUAUGUCAUUUAGUGUUUAGAUCUUUGGCUUGAGCACAUGGCUAGUUAUUCCACUGCUGGUGUCCACGAAUUUCCCACUUGCAGCUUUGUGAUACAGUCCUGUAAAACGAUUUCUGAAGAGAUGUGUUUGUAAGGGUCCUCCGUCUGCCAUAUAUUCGAUGUGAGCCCCCAUCACAUGACUUGGAGCAGUCACUGGCAUAUAUCUUGUGCUGUGCAAUAUUUGUCAAACAAUGGUGUUUUUACUGAAGGCUCGAGAAUUUUACUGUACAUCACCCUACUGUAAAUAAAAAGCCAGCUCACAAUUUA